AUGACGAGUGGACCUCAAAACACAAACGGUACCUCUAACGGUACAAAUGGCGCCGCCAAUGGACAUGGGCCUCUAAGCACUAUGCCCGGACCCAACCAUGACUACAAGGUCACCCUACAAGACAAGGUUAUUGCAAUCACUGGUGCCAAUCAGGGCAUUGGCCUGGGCAUCGCCGAAGUCUGCCUCGUAAACGACGCUGCUUUCGUCUACAGCCUCGACGUUACUGAACCUUCAGAACCCUUUGAAACUCUACUCAAACGCUUUCCGGGAAGAUUAGGUUCCCAGAAAUGUGAUGUGACCAAUGAAGAGAGUGUGACUUCUGCCAUAGAUGCUAUCAUCGCUGCAAAGGGCCGUUUCGAUGGUAUGGUUGCCAACGCUGGUGCCACCAAGCAUCAACCGGCCUUGGACUUUACAGCUGAGCAAGUUGAGAAGCUGUUCCGAUUAAACGUAUUUGGGGCCUGGAAUUGUGCAACGGCUGCUGCGCGCGCAUUCAUCAAGCUUGGCUGCAAGGGCAGCAUUGUGUUUACAGCUAGUAUGACAUCCUACCGCCCAAACAGAGCUGCCCCAUCAGCCCCAUACGGCGCAACAAAGGGUGCAGUGCGAAACAUGACCCAUACACUUGCGAUGGAAUGGUCGCAGUACGGCAUUCGAGUGAACAGCAUUUCACCUGGUUUCGUCAAAACUGCUCUGACAUAUUAUGUUGAGACGGCGCCUGACUGGGAUACUAAGAUGAAGUACUACGGUGGCAUGCCUCGCCUGGCGCUACCGCAGGAGCUUGGAGGUGCAUAUGUAUACCUGCUGAGUGAGACGGCGACUUACACCACGGGAAUUGACAUCCCGAUUGCUGGUAUUGUUGGCGCUUGGUAA